AGUUCAUUCCAGGACACCCUGGAAUUCCUUAUGGCCAGUCGAGAUUUUUGCAAGUCUUUCUGGAAGAUCUGUGUGGAGCAUCAUGCCUUUUUCAGGCUUUUUGAGGAACCUAAACCAAAGCCUAAACCCGUUCUUUUUUCUAGAGGUUCAUCAUUUAGGUUCAGUGGUCGGACUCAGAAGCAAGUUCUUGACUAUGUUAAAGAAGGAGGGCACAAAAAAGUGCAGUUUGAAAGGAAGCACAGCAAGAUUCAUUCCAUCAGGAGUCUGACUGCACAGCCUUCAGAACAGCAUACAGAGGUGCCAAAACAAAGCUCUAGCUUUGCCUAUGGAGACGACAAUGAUGCUGCAGCAGUGCAGAGCUGCCGGCAAGGAAAGGAAUUGAAAGCUGCAACAGAAGACACUGGACAGCACAAGAGCCCUUCCUUGAAAAAGAGCCCAAAGGAAGUCAGAAAGGUGGAUGGAGCAGUGGUGUCAACAGUGGAGGAAGAAGAGGAGUCUGCUAAGGACAGGAUGCAGCAGAACAGACCUCAAUCACAGCAACCAAGCACAGGUUCUCUGACUGGCAGCCCUCACCUUUCAGAGCUUUCCAUCAAUUCCCAAGGAGGACCAUCAGUGGCGAAUAUGUCUUUAUCUCCAAACUUGAGCCCUGAUGCCAAGCAGUCAUCUCCCUUGAUCAGCCCUUUGCUGAAUGACCCAUCAUGCAUCAGGACUGAUGAUGAGGAAGAGGUCAAGAAAAAGAGAUUCCCAACUGAGAAAGCUUACUUCAUUGCUAAAGAAGUCGCGACCACAGAACGAACAUACCUGAAGGACCUUGAAGUCAUCACAUCGUGGUUUCAGAAUGCAGUGAGUAAAGAGGAUUGCAUGCCCGAAACACUGAAAAAUCUCAUUUUCUCCAACUUCGAACCUUUGCACAAAUUUCACACUGGUUUUCUCAAGGAAAUUGAGCAGAGACUUGCUCUGUG